AUGGCCAAGAUCGCCUGGCACAUCGCCCAUGCCUUCACACAAGGGCACAAGUCUGCCCCAGCUGCAUUUCGAGAAGUCGAAAACCAGCUGUACUCGCUCAGCGCGGCCUUGACGGCUUUCAAAGAUAUCUGUGGCACUGAUCUCGCCGCCGUAGCUAUCGAUCCAUCCAAACUGCCCACCAGAUUCCAGACACAAGAGCAGGAUGGGAUGCAGAGCGUGGCUGGGAUACUAGACAGCUGUUACGAGACCCUAAAGCACCUCGAAAAGAUUGUUGAAAACUACGGCGUCGUUGUCACUCCCAAAGAUCCAGCCAAGUCUCGCUUUCGGCGUUGGAGCAUCGAGAUGACCAAGAACUACAAGAAGAUUGCCUGGACUACUGAGGCUGGCGACUUAGCCGCGCUCCGUAGUCAACUGAUGGUCCACACUAACAGUUUGAACCUGGUGUUGGGCAUUAUUGUCAGCUCACGGACAACGAGGAUCGAGGACGGUCUGAAGAAUAAUUCUGCCAUGCUCCAGGAAAUCUAUUCCUGGUGGUCCCAGAACCUCAAGGAUGUCGCAGGCCCCCAGGCCCAGAAAGAUGACUUGUCUCUCGGACUACAAGGCGCGUCUAAUCUAUUGUCGUUCGAAGUUCAUCUCAUCUCAAACGGCACUCCCCAGAUCCUGUGCUCCCACGCCAGCCUACAUGAUGACUGGAAGGAAACAGGGUCAAUGCAGCUGUUUGUGUGCAGAUGCAGCCAGCCUACCUCUGGCCAUCCGAGAGUUGAGAAGAUUGCAUUGUCACCUCUCUCAUUCCCGUUUAGACAAGCUGGGGAUACACGAUCCUGGACGCUCUUCAAGGCCCUGGACAAAUCGACCGGCCAGAUGGUGUCCGUAACCGUAAAGAACGUGGCCGCUUCGGGUAUCAUCGAGUUCGAAGAAACCUUCAUCCAGCCACUCGCAGAAGCAAGAGCAAACGCCAUGUUGCGACAAGGGAUCAGUAAUCAACUUGCACAUUUGUCGCCGGAUGAGGGCCAUAUUCGGGCUCUAAACCUUCAGAGUGAUUUGAAGGACUGCCACAAGCUGAUCGACUCGGUCACUUUCCGUGUCGGCCACCGCAACUUGUCAAAACCGAGGGUGGACGGGCUCAGUCUUCUGAAUUAUAGAGAGCUGGGUCAGCAGACUAGCCGUUCACUGGCCGAUACCUUGGACCACGCCGAGUUAUCCAUCUACUACGGAAGCGAGGGGAUGGGCGAAUCAACCGACGUCACCAAGAGCGUUGUCCAUUCGGCGAAGAAGUUGCACGAAAAGCUCGAGGAUAUGCGAGUGGAGCUUCUGGUUACAAGCCUACAGUACCCACGGCCAGACGAUGUUGUCGCACUGCACCUCCAAGCAACAGAGGUCCAAUGCGAAGUCGCCAUCAUCCCCGACGCCGAGCUGCUGAUCACCCGAAAUUCUCGAGACGAGCACCGGCUCAUCGUAGCCAGUCGCAAUCGCUGCACCGUCCUGAGCCAAGUUUUACCCCAUUCUUUUUUUGAUUCCUUGUCUUCCACUCCGAGUUUCACCGCACCCACUUGGCUUGUCCAGCUUGAGGGGAACGGAAAACGAAAGGUGUACCACUACCCCGACGGGUUCCGGUUUCUGAGCUUCCGUAACACGAGCGCGGAGAAGAUGUUUGAGCUGGGGCGAACUGCGGUUCUGCAAGGUGCUGGGCCGGAAAAGACUUUACCGUUAAGGUAG